GUCUUGAGCUAAGAAAAUGGUGCGCUCCAAACGCUAAUCCACCUGGUAUGUUCGCCUCGUUCUACCUAACCGUUAACCCAUUCAGAGAAGUACCCAUACUGCAGGAAUUUGUGUUCAAUUUCGACAUCAUUGCUUAUGGAUUUCUUACUUAUGAAGUGUCCGAUGAUAUGGAGAGCCUUCCAACGUAUAGUAUUUGGAAUGAUCUUCUGGAAGUUCAAGUUAUUGUGGAAAAUCUCAAGGCUCUAAUUACUGAAAAUAUUGCAAGAUUUCUAGAGACGCUGACUUUAACCGCUGCUGAUGUUGUCAACACGUUCAGGGAUGCAGUUUCCGAACUAAUUGAUGUGAUUAAGAACGCAAUUAAUGGUAUAAAGAAUGGCAAAUUUCCAUCAAUUCCAGAUAUAAUCAAACCAGUGAAAGAUGCAAUCGACGACUUAAAGGCCAUAUGGGAAAC